UCUCACCGCGCACCCACCCAGCCACCCAUCCCCCCAGUCUCUUACAUAUUUGUACUUUCGGCAGUAGCUCAAACCUCAACCUUUUCUCGACAGAAAGAAAAAUAUCCUCUUCUCCUCUUCCUUCACCGUCAUCCAUGGCCGCUUCUUCCACAGCUCUGCCCAAUGUCGGUUCGCUGGCCAGUCGAAGGAACGGCGGCUCGGAGAUUAGAGGAGGGUUCGGCCGCCCCUCUUGCAAUGUCGCCGCCAUCGUCCGGCCGCCUCCGUUGAAGGCCAGCUUGUCGGCGACCUCCUCGAGCUCUUUCUCCGGCUCCCUGCGCCUGACUCCCCUCGACUCUACUUCUCGGAGGAAAUUCCGUCCGUGCUCGGUUCGAGCGAGUGCCGAGGUUACCCAUGAUGCGGCUGUUCAGUCGAAAGUUACCAACAAAGUUUACUUUGACAUUAGCAUCGGUAACCCUGUUGGGAAGCUAGCCGGAAGAAUAGUAAUUGGAUUGUAUGGCGAGGAUGUUCCGCAAACAGCAGAGAAUUUCCGCGCUUUAUGCACAGGAGAGAAAGGCUUUGGAUACAAAGGUUCAGCGUUCCACCGUGUCAUCAAAGAUUUUAUGAUCCAGGGAGGUGACUUUGACAAAGGAAAUGGAACAGGGGGUAAAAGCAUAUAUGGCCGUACUUUUAAAGAUGAAAACUUUAAGUUAACUCAUGUUGGACCUGGGGUGGUCAGCAUGGCAAAUGCAGGCCCCAACACCAAUGGGAGCCAGUUCUUUAUCUGCACUGUGAAGACGCCGUGGCUGGACCAGAGGCAUGUUGUGUUUGGGCAAGUGUUAGAGGGCAUGGACAUUGUCAAGCUGAUCGAGUCACAAGAAACGGACCGAGGAGACCGUCCCAGGAAGAGAGUGGUCGUAGCUGACUGUGGUGAACUUCCCAUGGUGUGAUAUGCCUCGAUUAGUUGUGUUGUGCAAAUUAGUACUGGCUAAAAUCUGAGUCAUGCCCCCCUCUCAAAUUUUCUCCAUUCAUUUCUCUGUUUUGUUGAGAGUAAACUUGGGAAGAGCCAGGUCACGAUUGUUAAUGCUCGAUUAUUGUAGCGUACCGACGGAAUUUUCUUUAAAUUGGAAGCACAGAAUGACUGCUCCUGA